CUGAUCCUCGAUCGCUCGGCAGAACUUCUGGUUCGAUUAUCUAAUCUUGUGUUGCUCCGUGCCGUGCCGUGUGUGUAUCGUCCGUGUAGUCCCGUGUCUUUUUGCCAUUGCCUGAUGUCGUUCACGGUCAACAAGCGCGACAAUAACCGGCUUAACGAGGUGCAAAAGAUCCUGAAGCCGGUGGAUUUUGUGCCAAAUUCGUACGGUGAUCGGUUUAUCCCGCGGCGUUACGCACUGACCCGCUGGACGGUUGGUCGGUGGAUCCAGGCCGACCACAAACCGGAAUGCGAUCCCCUGGAAACGGAUGAGUUUCCGCGUAACUUGCGCUCCCCGCUAUAUACGAGCGCCCUGAAGGAAGCGUUGGCACUCGUGUCCGCAAGGAACACGAUGCUGAGUUUCAGUGAUGCGGCUGCACGGGACAUUUGUCGGCGUUGGUCGGCAGGCAAUUGCCGUGCGCUGGAGUGGGUCACUCAACCGACGUACUGUAACCCCGAGCAGCUCGAUUGGAGCUGCAAACCACGCCAGAAACCAACCAGCUUCAUCGAGGCGAUCCACGAUCUACCGCUCAUCAAAACGGGGUGCCAAAAAAUCAUCGACUGGUCACAGCGGGACCAGAUUGCGGCCGUUUUCAACAAGAAGCUGGUCAUCUGGUCACCGCACACGGACGAAACGAUGGGACUGCGUGCCCAGGGCACUACCGCGAUCGCCUUCAGCCCUUCGGGCGAUCGGUUGGUGCUGGCAGACUACAUGGCUCACGGGCCGGGGUUACUUAUCCUCGACAUGCAAAGGAAACCGUUCGGACAGAAAGGUGUCUACAAGAUUCUCGAACCAUUCCGCGAGGUCGUCACCUACGUGGUCUGGGAUGACACGGGUAACUAUGUGUUGUGCGGAAUGUACGAUGGGUUGAUAUUGUCCGUUUGCUUGCUCUACUCGGAAGACCGCGACAAGGACGGCCAGUUCCCCUGCUUCACCAACCACAUGGCAUCGAUACGCGCCAUGAAGUUCUCCUGCGGGUUCAAGUACCUGGCGACGUCUGAUUACGUUGGUUGCGUGUACGUGUGGGCCUGGAAGGCUGGCCUGCUGGAUCCGUUGAUGCGGAUGAUGGUCAGUCCCUCGGUUGUCCUGUUCGAUUGGCAUCCGUGGCGCGAGGAUGAGAUCGCUAUCGCUGAUUCGGAUCCGAUCUCGGUCGGGCUCUACCACAUACCAAGCGGUAAGAUAGUGUCGUCCUAUCGCAGUCUGCGAUUCGAAGGUGUAGUGACGGAGAUCUCGUUCAAUAAAAUCUCCGCCGAACUGGUCGUGUGCCUGGGCUUCAUCGAUACACCCAAGCCGCCCGUAAUAUUGGUUCUCGCAUCGAUGGACCGUGUGGUGGAUGUUCUGCACAAUCACGAUGACAUGAUCUUCCAUCUGCUGUGGAGCCCGGACGGGAUGCAGCUCGCCAGUGCCGGGCUUGAUGAAACACUCUGCAUCUGGAACUUCUUCGGCAUCACGUCAUCGAAAAAGUGCAAGAGGCGGAAGCGCCAAUAUGAGUCCACGAUCGGUUCCGUGUCCACUUGGCAAUCGAGCGAUGCUGUCGGCACCAAAUCGAGCGACCGCGGACCGACACGGAGCAAGCGGAACAAAGAAGCCACCUAUCGAGCGCUGGCGUCGAGUUUUCCCUUCAAAGCAAUGCGCUGAUGCGCCGACACCACAUCCACCGACGGCCAGCAUGUAGAGGAGUCAACGAGAAUCAAAAACAUCAUAAGAGCAGCAUACCAGAACGCAUUCAUCCUUCUACGCAUACCGCUGAGCGGUGCACUUUUUAUGUUGAAUGUAUCCUACGGCAUAGAACUUGUUGUGUGAUUUCUUUUCUGUUUUGUGUUUUAGAUUUGCUUCUCAACUUUUUUGGAAUGAGGAAUAAACUGUUAAUAUCCCGUUAGAA